AUGGAACUGCGCAGGCUGGAAGACGUGUAUUGCCAUAAAUAUAUCGUCUCGGUCGAUUUAGUAGAGCAUGGGACAGUUUUGGCUGUCAGUCAUGACGACAGCUCAAUAACAUACUAUGACACACGGACAAUGUCCGUUUUGGACGGCCUUGACAAUUCAACCACAGUGACCUGUCUUGCCCAAGCAGGGUUCCACUACCCACUCGAAACGUCAGGUCUUCACAUCGCUUUCUCUCCGAACGCUUGCGUUGCCGUUACGCUGGAUAUUGAUGGAAAUAUGCAAUUGAGAGUGAUGGAGCAUUCGUUUGGAUCUACAGAGGGUCUCUAUGAUGAGAAGGCUCAAAUCACAUUUAUUAGCGAGGUGUAUCGUGCACUGCCGGUAAAUUGCAAUUUCACAGCCGAACAGGACAAACUCAUGAGCCAUCCAUACAUACCUCGUUGCCUCAGUCUACAAGCGGGACUGGGCUUCAAAGGGAGACUCAAGCGCCGCAACCUCUCAUCGGCCGUGCCGUGGGCAAGCCUUCAACUCAGACAUGCCUCGGUUCUGUUUGCAUAUUUCUUCCAGUAUAAUAAAGGGGGCCAGACUGAAUCACAUGAUCCAGAUGUUCUACGCAUGGUGUUGGGAAACACCAAAUGGACAUUAGACUUCUCUCACUUUAUUCUAAACGAAAUCUUCGACAUGGCCGACGACUUCGAAGAUGUCUUCAAUGACCCGGAAGCAUUCACACAGAAACUGAAGAACUCCUCCUCCCUCCCCCUCCUAAUCCUCCUUUCAAGCAUGUCGCGCGCCUUCCUCCGCUUCAUCUGCCGUGGCCUCCGCGGCGUGCAUGCCGGCUACACAAGCGCAAACCCUGCCUCCCUUAUAGGUGACUCCCGGAUCUACUACACAGAGAUCUGCCAAACACUAGAAUCAUCACCGGUACGAAUCGACGUGUACGAGAAGUUCCUGGCAGGAGUCGACUCAGCCGUGAAGCACGCCUACCAAGGCGCAGGCUUCGGCGACGCCGAAAGACCGGGACCGGAAAAGGAACUACUGGUUAAUGCGCGCAUCCCGCCAGUCCUCACCACAGCCGUGGCCACCCUCCUCCGGCAGACAGUCCCUGCGCUCAAAUUAGAAAUCAACCGCAUGGCGAUCUACCUCGGGGAUUAUAGCUGGCUUGGUUCUGGGAAUGACCGACGCACGGCGCUGUACCGUAAGCAGCGUGAGGUCGAUAUCCUCAAGAAGUGUCCGCUGCGUCCGCCGUUGCCGUUGGGGAACGAUGGUCGCGUGGCGCCUCUGAAGAAGCGCAGGUGUGUGCGCUGUUGUGAGGUCUCUGGUGAUACUAAUCUGCCACGGUCUCUUCUGUCAUUCAAGAUGAUUGCUAAGCUAGGGCUGUUGCGGUCCUGUCUUUGCGGGGGGAUGUGGGUUCUCGAGAUGGAUACUGGUGAUCUUGCGGUUACAACUGGGAGUGCGCAUGGCAAUAGGAUUAGCCAGACUUAG